GCCGCAACGAAUCAGAUUAAUUAAUUAAAAUAAGAGGGAAACGAAAAAGAAAAUCCGAAAAAAGAAAAAGAUGGGGAGUGGGAGCCGAAUAGUGUUUCCUUGUAGAGCCUUCUCACUGGCAUUCCUAGUCCCUUCUUUCACUUCCUCAACUCAACUCAGCCUCAAAUCUUUCCUCGCCCACACCUCUCUUCCCCCCACUGCCUUCUCUUUUCUCCGAAUGGCUUCCUCAUCAUCUUCUUCCCUCACCAACGGUAACGAUAUCAAUCCUUCCAAUGACGUUGCUGCCCCUUCUCCCCCCUCCGCUUCCUCUGCCAUCGAUUUUCUCACUCUCUGUCAUCGCCUCAAGACGACGAAACGAGCGGGGUGGGUGCGGAGAGAUGUACAGAAUCCGGAAUCAAUAGCUGAUCAUAUGUAUCGAAUGGGAUUAAUGGCUUUAAUUGCUUCUGAUAUUCCUGGAAUUGAUCAAGACAAGUGUGUUAAAAUGGCCAUUGUUCAUGAUAUCGCUGAAGCCAUAGUUGGUGAUAUUACCCCUUCAGAUGGUAUUUCUAAGGCUGAGAAGAGUCGAAGAGAGCGUGAAGCCUUAGAUCAUAUGUGCAAAUUACUUGGUGGAGGGUCUAGAGCGAAAGAAAUAGAGGAAUUAUGGAUGGAAUAUGAAGAAAAUACUUCCUCUGAAGCCAAAAUCGUCAAAGACUUUGACAAGGUGGAGAUGAUACUUCAAGCCUUAGAAUAUGAGAAUGAGCAAGGGGUGGAUUUGGAUGAGUUUUUCCAGUCAACUGCUGGGAAGUUCCAGACUGAAGUUGGAAAAGCUUGGGCCUCGGAAAUAGCAUCAAGAAGAAAACAACGUUGACUUGAAAAGCUUGGACUUGGUAAAAUAUUAUUAGGCUAUGCCGCUAACUGUUCUUGUCUUCAGCUGAUUUCUGGCAUGGUUAGUUCAAAAGAGCCUAUUUUUCAGUUACUAAUGCCCGCUAUUGUUAUCUUUAUAAUUCAUACUAAAAUAUUAAAAUAGCUAGGCAUCUUGUCAUUUUUUUUCCAGUUCUCUUUAAUCAAAUCUACCUAUGGUAAUGCUUUUGGGACUACUAAAACAAA